AUGUCUUCUACCACCUUUCCCGGUGUCGCCUUGAUCACCGGUGCCUCCUCCGGCAUCGGCAAAGCAACAGCGACAGCAUUUGCCCAAGAAGGCUGCACCCGCAUCGUCCUCGCCGACAUCUCUGAAUCCUCUUUGAACCAAACCCACUCUUCCCUAUCCCAAUCCUUUCCUUCUGUAGAGUUUCUCGCAGUGGUUACAGACAUAUCCUCUCCCUCAUCCGUCCGCGAUCUCUUCCGGAAAACCCUAGAAAAUUUUCACAGAGUCGACUAUGCGGUAAAUUGUGCAGGCGUCUUGGGCGCUGCAAAGAAAUCCCACGAAAUGACUUUGGAGGAGUUUGAUCACAUAGUAAAUGUAGAUUACAGAGGAAGUUGGUUGUGUUCGAGGGAAGAGUUGAAGAUUAUGGUGAAUCAAGAACCGCUGGAAAGUCAAAAUGGAAGGCAGGGGAAUAGAGGUGUUAUCGUUAAUGUGGCUUCACAGUUGGGUAUUGUGGCCAGACCUCAAGCACCGGCAUACUGUUCGGCAAAAGCUGCUAUUAUUGGUCUGACCAAAUCGGACGCUUUGGACUACUCGGCACACAAUAUCAGGGUUAACUGCGUAUGCCCUGGUGUCAUUGAAACACCACUUAUCAACGACGAGGUCAGGAAAGCCAUCUCCAUUGCUCCCAUGAACAGAGCAGGCACGCCGGAAGAGAUAGCUGAUUGCAUUCUGUUCCUCUGCUCGCCCAAGUCUUCCUUUGUUCAGGGCGCUGCCUUGGUCGCUGAUGGUGGCUACACUAUAAACUAG